UUCUGAUUUUGCCUCGAAGACGUCGGCUCCGAGGCCCCCUGGAAAAGUUAUCUCGAGUGCGGUUCGUCUGCGAAACCGGUAAUAGUUCGAUUCGCUGUGUGUGUUGUGCUUUUAGGAAAAAUCGGAAAAACCGCGCUCAUUUUGCAUCAAGUGGAAAUGCGCUGUUUUCUGCCUCUGGUGGCCCUGCUCUUGGCAGCGGGUGUCCACGCGGAUGUCUCCCACCUGGACACAGAUCUCCAGGAGGAUGGCUACCAUUACAAGCAGCCGUCGGUGCCUUUCCCGCCUCCGGGAUCGGGAAACGGCAUUGAGGAUUCGGGCAUAGGACCAGGACCAGCUCCCUCGGCUCCAGCUCCAUCCUAUGGACCCCCGCAGACGCGUCCUCCUCCUCCACCUCCUCCACCACAGCCGACUCCGCCAGCUCCUCGUCCUUCCUAUGGACCUCCUCAGACUCAGCCACCACGCCCUCCACCACAGCCAACUCCCUCGGCUCCUGCUCCAUCACCAUCUUAUGGACCACCACAGACUCCACCACCUCGUCCUCCACCGCAGCCAACUCCCUCAGCUCCCGCUCCACCACCAUCUUAUGGACCACCGCAAACGCCACCACCACGACCUCCCCCACAGCCCACACCCUCGGCUCCAGCUCCAUCCUAUGGACCACCGCAGCCUCAGCCAACUCAGCCGGCACCACAGCCACCUUCGCCGCAGCCGGGCCCGGAGUACCUGCCUCCAGAUCAGCCAAAGCCACGUCCUACGCCCUCGCGUCCUCAGCCACCCCCACCACCACCACCACCUAGGCCACAGCCCACUCCAGGCUACGGACCACCACCGCCACCACCUCCACCCAAGCCACAGCCCACUCCAGGAUACGGCCCUCCUCCACCACCACCUCCACCAAGGCCACAGCCCACGCCAGGAUAUGGACCGCCACCAGGACCGGGACCCGCCCCUCCGGCACCACAGCCGCCACGCCCGCAGCCACCACGUCCACAGCCAGGAGCUGAGUAUUUGCCACCUCCUGGGGAGAAUGAGGUCACCCCGCCUCAGCCACAGCCAACUGCGCCAGUGCCGGCACCACCCGCUGGACCCACAUACCAGCCACGCCCGCCAGCACCACCAGCACCUGCACCAGGACCCACUUAUCAGCCACGCCCACCAGCACCACCAGCGCCUGCACCAGGCCCCACUUACCAGCCACGCCCACCGAGUCCUCCUGCACCACCUGCACCCACUUAUCAGCCACAACCUCCUGCACCACCUGCACCUGCACCAGGACCAACCUAUCAGCCACGACCGCCAGCACCACCAGCACCACCUGCACCCACUCCGGAGUACGGACCACCACCACCCAGUGGUGGCGAUGAGGCGGGCUCCCUGGGACCCGAUGGCUACAACUACAACAAGCCUGCCAAACCGUUUACCUUCUAGAAAAGUACUCAAAACCACUGUCCUGUGAACGACCAUUGGAGCCAGUUCGCCCCGCCACUCAAAUCUUUUUCCAAAUAAAAACAAUUUUCAAAAGCCAAA